AUGUUUACGCAUAAGCUGUUUCAAUUGUAUCAAUUGCAGACCACGCUACUGUACCUGGCACUCUUUGGCAGGUGGCUGGUGUUGAUGCCCCUGGUGGGCUCUCGUUAUCUCCCUGGUGGAAUACACGAAUACCUCUGUUACUUGUUGGUGAUUGUGUCUGUGUUUGAAGUGCUGUGGUCUCUAUACUUCCAUGGAUUACGCGGUUUUAUUUCCCAGAGAGUGCUCAAGUCAUUGAACUACCUGUACUUAGUGCUGAAUUUGCACUUCUACGAUGACUAUGAGCAUGCUCCUUUAUUGAAGACUAGUGCUUACUCUACAUUUAUAAUAGGUGUCAGUCUGGUGGAGUCGUACCAGCACUGGUGCAGGCUAUUCAAGAGAGGGCCAAACUACAAACGUGAGACUCGUUACUGGAAAUUUAUCAGCUAUGUGAUGUUGCCAUGCUUAUACUUGAGCGAAUUCGUUCUGCUAUUGCUGAAUAGACAACUACCAAAUCACCACACUACUGAGCAACUGGAAUUGGUUAAUACUGUGGUGCUGAUAUUGUAUUUCCCAAUGGCGUUAACUGUAUAUAAGAGACACCUACAGGUGAAUUGA